AUGAAAAUGAUUCAAAUUUUUGAAAAAGUGACAUAUGGACCAUUUCCUAUGCCAUUUCCUUCUGUGAACUGUGCAUCGGAAUGUUUCAAUCUGGAUUACUGUAUCUUGUCUUGGCGACCUUUAAGUGGGUGUUGCUAUCAUUAUAGCUACGUGAAUCAACCAGAUACUAUAACAUUUGUGGAGACAGGAAAAGGGGAAAAUAGUAUUAUGGCUUUUAAGACCAUCAUAACGGGCACCACUUGCCCAAUAACCUACACUGAAAUGAAUUUCACAAUGACCAUUCCAACUGAUGACACUUAUUCUUGGAAGAAAAUUGGCAAUUCCUGGGGUCUGAAUGGAUUCAGAGAUGGAUGGACACGAUUUAAUAGAACUUCUGGUAUUUCUGUAUGUAUGAAAGCGUUCAAUGUCCCAAAUCUUUGGCGAUCUACUGCGCUUACAUGGUGUGAGCAGGAAAAUGCUAUCUUCGUUGGGAUGGCUUCGAUAGAGGAGAGUCAAUGGGUUCAUGACCAACUGGACUCGUCAUACAAUUAUUAUGCUUACUGGGUGGAUGGUACUCUAAUUUGCUCGACUACUUGUAAUUUCUCAAUGUUAAACUACACUGAUGGAUUCACAACUGGAAGUGCUGCUCUUGAAACCACCACCAAUGUUCAUUUCGAACUACGACCAUUUGUUGUAUUUAGGAGUAACUACGCUACACAAUGUAUCCUGCAAGUGGUGGAUCUCCUGCUGAUGGAGUAG